UUUGGAUCCCUUGUACAUUGUGAUGGAACUUCUUCAUAUACUACUGAUUUAUUACGGUCUCAAGCAUCUCUAAAUGAUAGUUAUAUCGACGUUGCUACCUCUUGUGGUCACCGUGUGAGAUAUACAACUUUAACCAGAAAGCUGUUUCUMGGUCGUAGAGUUACAUUUUAUGCAAACUGUUCUGCCACUUUUAACCCCGAAUUACUAGAGAUUACUUGUAGUGGUGAUAUACAUCCUCAUCCAGGUCCCGAAACUAAGACAAGAUGUUCGAUCUGUACAAGAACUAUUGCUCGUAAUCAUCGAAGGGUGACAUGCCGAGCAUGCAAAUACCAGUUCCACUUCAAAUGCUGYGGAUUGUCUCUUACUAUCUACAAAAAGAUUYGCUCUGGCUUUAUAAGUGACUGGAUGUGCUCCGAGUGUGACGAAUCUAUACAAGGGGUUUUUAAUUUCUCCGAGUCCUUCUUUGAAGAUGUUACUCAAAGUACACCUCAAUUUGUACCAGGAAAGGUUUUGAUAGCCGAACAGACACCGCAACUCAUGCAAGGGGUUUCGUCUUCCGACCUCGAACAGACAAGAAAGUCUGCAGGGAAAGACCUUAUGAUAGCGCACCUGAACAUUAACAGUGUCCAAAACAAAUUUGAAGAACUUAGUGGACUUAUUAGAAGAAUGCGCAUUCAUGUAAUGUUUAUUACAGAAACCAAGAUCGACGCAAGCUAUCCUGACGCACAAUUUUCGUUAUCUAACUACACUCUUCACYGCAACGACAGAAAAAAGGGUGGAGGAGGAAUAUUCGCACUGGUUUCUACAUCUAUUACUAAAAAAAGAUUGAAGUUAAAGAGUUACAAAACAUUGGAACCACUAGCCUUUGAAAUCAAAACAGAGUACGGAAAUAUGGUAAUUGUUGGAAUCUACCGUCCCCCGAGACUACUGGUUGGURAUUACAAAUUACUUCUUGAAAGCGAACUCAGUGACAUCUGCAACUGGGCGAGUCUCCAAAGUAAUUCUGUCGUUGUAUUAGGAGAUYUGAACCUGGACCGUCUCAAGCCUAACAAGCCUGAAUGGAAAUUAUUGCGCGAUUUGGAGGACGAACAAGGUUUUGAUUGCUUGAUUACUGAACCGACAAGAAUAGUUAACACUGGAACAAUCAAUACUGAAUCAYUGAUUGAUGUUUUGCUUUGCAACAGGCCUGAACUAUUCUCUCAUGCUGGCACCUACCAACCGUGCUUGAGUGAUCAUGCUUUAAUUUACGGGAUAUUGAAUCACAAAGUGAACUUGAAUAAACCCAAAAUUGUCAACUUCAGAAGUUAUAAGAACUUUGACAAUGACAUUGGGGGUGAUGCAGCUAAGCUGAAAGAAAUUGAUGAUUUUUAUAACCAUAUCAGUGUCAAACAAAUCAGGGAGAAACAACGUGAUGUAAAACAGCCCAUUUCGAUCAUGGCUGUUACUCAAAAACAAGUAUUUGAUGAACUUGAAUCUCUCAACACUAGGAAAUCUACCGGUAGCGAUAACAUCUCUGCUAAAAUCCUAAAGCUUGGCGCUGAAGAGCUGUCGGAACCUCUUACCACACUUUUUAACUCAUGUAUCAAAAAAGGCAUCUGGCCAAGUGUGUGGAAAAAGGGAGACUGGACUCCAGUACACAAGAAAGAUGAUAAACUUUUAAUAGAGAAUUACCGACCGAUAACUACUCUUCCUUGUAUAAACAAAAUGCUUGAAAAGCUGAUUGGUAAACAAAUCACAAAAAGUUUUGCUCCAAACAUGUACAAGAACUCAAACGCUUACAGAAAAUAUUACAGUUGCGAAACUACUUUAAUCAAUCUUAUAGAAGCCUGGAAGAAAGCUAAAGAUGACAAGAAUGUCAUUGAUAUUUUAUCAACUGACAUGUCAAAAGCAUUCGAUUCACUUCACCCACCUCUGUUAUUGAGCAAACUGAAAGCGUAUGGUUUCGACGAAAAUGCGAUCAAGCUACUUAACAGCUAUCUCCACGGAAGAGUGAAAUUGACAUCGCCACCCUUUUGUGCUCACGUUUUCCAACGUAGCAAGGUUGACGAGAAGGGACUUCAACUCGACCUCUCUGAAGUUAAAAUCAUAGCAUCAGGUAAAUUCACAAUCUUGCUUGUGGACUUUAACAACCCGAAGCACACACUUUAUAAUGGCGGUUGUUGUGACAACAUUAACUGGUGUAUAUCUCAAUGCGAUAACUUUUUUCGUUUCUGUGCCUCGACGGUGGGCUCCAUCAAGGAGUGUUCGCUUGGUGGGUGGUUGUCGACUGCAGUCGUAGGAGAUGAUAGCUUUACAUUCCCUAAGGAUCUUGGUGGAGGGCUUAAAAAUCCUAUCUCUUACUCUUUUGAAGAGUGGAAGAAAACAGCGUCGGGGAACUAUAACCUCGUKUGUCCCCGUGUGUAUGAUGGCCUUACAAUCUAA